UGUGGGAACUGUGUCAAAAUACAGAUCAAAAUUAAAAAUUCCAAAACAUACAAAAAUCUUUGUUAAAUAUUUUCGGUAGAAAAAAAAACACGCAACAUUUUCAGUACAAAAAGAAAUGGAAAAAGUUUCCAUCUAAAAACAAAAAUGCCCAACAACUCACGAGUGCAAUAUUUUCCGAGCGGCCUGACAAUCCACACCUGCGAGCGGUAUCCGCGUCAAAGGCAAACGGAGUUCUACCGCACACCCGAGCCGCGCUCCUCGGCCCAGGGCCAGACGGCGGAACAUGACGCAGAACGAUUGAAUCGUCCACCCGGUCCUGAGGCAACGGUACAGAGUCCCCGGAUCCAGCCAGCGCGAAACUCGGAAACACGAGCAUUUCGCAAUAGCUAUUUUUCCUAGUGCGGCGAAUGGGAGGCACAUCCACCUGAUGCUUGAAGAAAUGCUUAGCCUUUUUGUAACAUUCUUUGGAAAUGAAGCUUAAGAACGGAAAAAGUUACGUUGAACUCGAGCAAGAGCUCGAGGCAUUCAAAUUGAAAGCCUGAAAGGAGGACAGACCCGUAUCUCCUUCAAUAUUGCUCAUGUGAAAUAAAGGGCUUUUGCUGGUUAAUACAGGAGACUUUGUUUUAGUCUCUUUUCGACUAAGCGCCUGCCCAUUGCAGCACAAAAAGCAUUACGGAGAUCAGAUCUCUGAACCUAUCGCAGCUGGUUGCUAUUGUUGUCCCUCCCCUUAAUCGCUGUAUCCCUCUUUUCUUAUCGUUCGUCACUGGCGAGAGCUGCGAGGGAGGCACCGAUAGUCAUCGCAAGCACGAGCUCCGUCGUCUGGCACCGUUGGCCAUGGCAUUACAAAUCGAAAUAAAACAAAUUACUUAAUCGAAA